AGGUAUUAACCCGGCUGAGAGAGAGAAGAAGGAGAGCUGUUCGGUGUCGGACAUGGUGUCGCUGCUGUGCUGUGGGCCCAAACUGGCCGCCUGUGGGAUUGUGCUGAGCGUGUGGGGAGUCAUCAUGUUGGUCCUGCUGGGGGUGUUCUUUAACGUCCAUUCGGCGGUUCUGAUCGAGGACGUGCCCUUCACUGAAGCAGAUAUGUUUGAAGACCCCAACCCUCCGGCCAAGAUGUACCGCCUGUAUGAGCAGGUCUCCUAUAACUGCUUCAUCGCAGCCGCCAUCUACAUUGUCCUGGGGGGCUUCUCCUUCUGUCAAGUGAGACUGAAUAAGAGGAAAGAAUACAUGGUGCGCUGACCUGCCCCCCCCCCCCCCGUUCAACUAGAAGGUGGUCUGACCCACACUGAAACCAACCCUCCCACUUCUUCUCUAUGUUUCAAUCAAGCCACCGCCCACAGACCCACUUAAAGGGGUUGUUCACCUUUAAAUGAACUUCUAGUACGAUGAAGAGAGGGAUAUUCUGAGACAAUUUCUAAUUGGUUUUCAUUUUUUAUUAUUUGUGUUUUUUUGACUUAUUUAGCUUUUUUUCAGCACUACUCUAAAUUGCAUUUCAGCCAUUGCUUGCUAGGGUCCAUGUUACCCUAGCAACCUUGCAUUGAUUUGAAUAAGAGACUGGAAUAUGAAUAGAAAGACAAGUAACUAAAAGAAGAAAUAAUUACAUUUGUAGGCAACAGAGCGUUUUUGUUUUUUUUUUUUAGAUGGGGUCAGUGACCCCUGUUUGAAAGCUGGAAAGAGGAAAAAGGCAAAUAAUUAAAAAAACUAUAACAAAUAAAUAAUGAAGACCAAUUGAAAAGCUGCUUAUAAUUGGUCAUACUAUAACAUACCAAAAGAAAACUUAAAGGUGAACCUCCCCUUUAAUGGCAACUUGUUUCUGCCUGGAGCAAUGUAUAGGCAGCAUUCAGUAAUGUAAAUGCAUGACUACAACUCCCAGCCUCCACUAUUCUACAAGGAUGAGUGUAGUUCUUCAGCAGCAAGAACUGGAAUGAGGAUCCUGGAGCAGGGAGCCUCUUGGGACUGUAUCUGCUUGAGGAAGGUCAGUCCAGUUGUUCCUGAUUGGCCGGUCUCUCACUAAUCCUAUUUUUGCCAUGAAAUGACCCACUGGGACCAACCCCAUCCCCUUGAGGUCCUAUUGUGUGUUUGUAUUUAUGUGACUGUGCAAUAAAGUGACUGUUCUGUGACCAA